CCCAGGCGCCCAUCACCUCCCCACUUGCUCCAACUCCGCCGCCCCCAAACCCUAGCGCGCUCCGAUCCAGGCCCGUCCGCCGCCGCCGCAGCCAUGGGACUUCCCCCUCCGUCGAUCACCAGCGCCGGCAAGGCGUCUGCGCGCGCCCACAUCAUGGUGGUUCUGGCUGGCGCCGCGCCGGCGCGCACGUGCACGGUCGCCUUGAGGCCGUCGCUCCCUUUCGCUGCGGCGGGAGCUCGAUUCGCCGGAGGAGGCCGCGGAGACGGCGAGAACGGAGGAGGAAGCGCCCGGCUCGCGGGGGCGGCCAUGUACACUGCGCUCCGUCGCCCGGCGGCGCCGGCGUUCAAGAACUCCCCUUUUCCUUCCUACGGCGGCGCCGCCGUGCUCUGCCUCGCCCGGCGAGCCGACGGCGAGGGCGAUGGAGACCGCGGCGUGGGAGAGGGCGGUGCUGGAGCCGGUGACGACGACCAUGGAGACGGCGGUGCUGGAGCCGGCGGCGACGGCCAUGGAGACGGCGGCGACCACAGCAACGCCAAGAAAGACUACGCCUUGAAUAACGGCAAGGGCACGGAAGGUGCGCCAGCCGGCGACGUGGGAGCCGGCGGCGACACGGAAGGAGCCGGAGCCGGGAAAGCCUGCAACUUCAACAAGGGCACGGACGCUGCAGCAGCCGCCAGCGGAGGAGGAGGUCACCCCGCUGACCAGGCGUGCUGGGAGCCGAUGUCGCUGAGAUGGGCAUUUGUACAGGGACUGGUUACCGUGUUCGUGCUCGGAUUCAGCCUUUACAUUGCAUUCAAGAUUUGGUUUGACAUGAUGGUCAGGAAGUUGGCGGCCACAUAUCUGAAUGGUGAAGAAAUCAGGAUCUUGAUGUCAGAAGCAGUUAAAGGUGUUAUUUGGCACGCCACUGAGCCUAGAAACCCAGUGGUAAGAUGGAAGAAGAUGCAUCAGAGAAACAAGUUCUGUGUCUGUGGGCUCUUAUAUUUCUGCUGCUUAUACUUGUUGUGUUGACCUUUGCCAUAGUAUGGCCUUCUCUGUGAUGACAGUAGGAGCCCAUCGAUUUUCCUUAUAUUUUGAACUACAUUGGCUGCAUUUGCACCAAAUUUUGGGCAUCAUUUGGUAGGGAUGUAACUGCAAAAGGAUAUUGCUUCCGGGCAUGUGUUGUGGUGUUUGCCCAUUUUCAUUAUAUUAGGCAAGCAACGUUGAUUUGUAAUUGUUUGCUUGUGUAUCGGAACUGAACCCGACUAUGAUAUGUAUUUGUGUCGUGCAAUCAGCCCAUAUAUGAAAUAAUGA